UGCCAUGCAAACUCAACCUGUAGUAAUAAUGACGGAUCUUUUCUUUGCACAUGUAAUAGUGGAUAUAAUGGAAGUGGAACUGUCUGUCAAGGUACAGUACGGGUAUGCAGGUUAUUAUUUUCCCGUAAUAACCUGCUAACCGGUUAUUAUUUUUUCGUAAUAACCUGGUACACGGUUAUUACGAAAAAAUAAUAACCGGCUACCCGGUUUUACAUUUUCAAUUCAAGACCUGGCAUGAGUGUUGAAUUCGGGACUUGAAUUUGCAGGAUAACUCAAGACCCACAUCUCCUUUUCGACUAGAAAAACCUCUCCCUUGGCUUUUAGCCUACAUAUAACAAAUUAAAUUAUAAUUUUGCAUGCGUUUGUGUUCACGUAAUGGAUCGCCAGUCAAUUACAGGAAAAUAAUGGACCGCUGAAAGUGUUUCUCAGCCAUUCACAGUCCGCCAUUUCACCGGAAGUGAUGCUUCCAUAUAAUAAUAAUCAAUAUUAAAUCCUGUUCUAAGUACCUUAUAUUUAUGCUUUUCUAUUUCGACAGAUAUAAAUGAAUGUUUGGAAAAUACACACGAUUGUGAUAAGAAUGCCACUUGUUCCAAUACUGAAGGAUCCUUUAACUGUUCUUGCAAGAAUGGAUACAGAGGAAAUGGUACAUCCUGUAAAGGUGAGUGUCUAUUUAUAUGUUUUCCUAGCCUGAAAACAGACCUACGUUUCGCCCGCCCUAAAAUUCGCGGGUCAACGUAAAGGAAAGGGCGAAACGUAGGUCUGAUGAAAUGUUGUCAAAUUGCCUUCCACCCACAUUGCAUUUUGCAAUAUUAACGAUGAUAGCGCGUUCCAAACUAUUUCCAAUAAUUCCAAACUAUUUUUUUUUCUGCAAAAAUUAAAAAAAAAUAACAAAAAGUGCGAAGAUUUCAUUUUAGCAAAUCGAAAUACUAUUUUUUUGUAUAAAUACCAACCAGAGAUAAAUUAGGUGUAUGAAUUCCAGACACCGAAAACGGUUUGAGUUUGUCAAAAUCAUAUAUAAAUACCAACCAUGCAGAGAUAAAUUAGGUGUCUGAAUUUCAGACACCCAAGUUUGUCAAAAUCAUAUAUAAAUACAUGCAACCAUGCAGAGAUAAAGUCAACUGAGAUAAAGUAGGUGUCUGAAUUUCAGAUACCGAAAACGUUUUGAGCUAGUUUGUCAAAGUCAUAUAUAAAUACCAACUAGAGCUAAAUUAGGUAGCUGAAUUUGAGACACCGAAAACGGUUUGAGUUUGUCAAAAUAAUCAUAUAUAAAUGCCAACUAGAGAUAGGUAGCUGAAUUUCAGACAUCUAAAUCGGUUUGAGUUUGUCAAAAUAUAUUUUCAGAUAUAUUUUAGGUAGCUGAAUGUCAGACACCGAGACUAGACAGACUGGUUUGAGUUUGUCCAAAUCUUGUAUAAACACCAACCAGAUAUACAAAUUAGCUAGCAGAAUUUCAGACACCAAAAUCGGUUGGAGUUCAUGUAAGAGCUUAGUAUAAUAUUAACCAACUAUUAUGUACUGUGAUAUUCACACAUGCAAUAUAAGUGUCGUGUCUGGCCUUUCCUACUUUGCCAUCUUUAAGGUUGCUUAUCUUGCAAAGGAAAAUAGAAAACAUUUUGUGACAUAGCUAGGCAAAGUUGUCGUUCGUUCAUAUAUCUUCACAGCAUGAGUGGAGUCGAAUACUCACAGACAAUACUUCUGAGUUCUGAUUAGCCAUGGCCAUGGCCAUGAAAAUAAACUUAACCCAGAGAUAAUUUACUAUAGUUAAAAUGAAGUGUAAUGCAUUUGAAGGUCUUUGAAGGGCCUAUAUAUAUACACACUCCGCAACGUACAAAUGAAAUUUGAUAUAAAAUCAGUUCAAUAAAAUCAUAUAAAAUCAAUCAAUUUUAAGUUUUAAUUAGAGAAAACGCUCCUGUAUGAUUCAGAGCUAGGUUUUGUUGAUAGUCAAGGACUAUUAAAGUAAUAAUAGAGCUAAUAUAUAUAUAUAUAUAUAUAUAUAUAUAUAUAUAUAUAUAUAUAUAUAUAUAUAUAUAUAUAUAUAUAUAAAUAUAUCGCUUUCAACAAAGAUUUAUGCAUGAAAAAUUUGAAAAGAGAUACAAAUUUGGACUUGGUAGUCACUAGACUACGUUAAUGUCAAUGCAGGUAACUCAUUUUACUAUUUAUCAAUAUUCUAAGAGCAUUUAGAAACAUAGUUUUUUACUUUGUAGCGCGAGUAAUUUUAGAGAUAUGGUACAUUGCUAUUGAUUUGAUAUCGUGCGCGAAGUUUUGCGAUGUUUAUGCUGAAAACUUAAACAUUGAUUAAUUAUGCGCUGAUAUCCUCCCUCCCAUGGUGCCAAUUAGUUGAAAUAAUUGAGUUUAAAUAAUGUCCAGAACUGAUCAAAAGUGGCUUCAGAUGAAAAACUCCGAAUGGGAUGCACACUUGGUUAUCCCCUUACCGGUGAUUCAAGCUGUCUAACCAAACAAGAUGAAAUUUCCAGUGUUUACCAACAACAUCCUCGAGAAACCAAUUACGAACCUUCCUCACGCACUCUAAACCCCUCAUUGGAAGAGAUCGAUGUAAUUGCCAGAUCUGAAUAUCGUAUGUCACUGUCCAAGCGACAAAACCCCUGUCAAGAAAACACCAUACAGACAAAACGUCGACCUAACCGGGGUUCUGCAACUAUUGUAGCCCCUCGACAAGCCUUGGCUUCUUAUAACAAUAUUCUUUGCAGAUGACAUGGACGCCCAAGACCAUUUGGUUACCGUAAACCAAUUUGAGAAAACAAAAUAGGAAACUAGCUGACGUGACCUAAUGUUUUCAAUGGGAUGAUGGCGUUGAAACCUAGUUGCAAACCAUAUUCCCAAAAACGGCAUGUUUAGCCAUACUGAUACAGCUAAACAUUUUAGUGAAAGAGCAAAUAAAUAUACCUAGGCCAUUCUACGAUGAAAUCUCUAAGUAUUCCCGGUCAAUUUUAGCAAAUAUUUCAAGCACUAUUAAAACAGUGAAAAAUGCAUUGCAAAUUUCGUAAAAGUUGGCGACACCAAUUUCGUAGCUACAAAUGUAACAAAAUACAAAACAAAGACGAAAAACAUUUACCUUGAAUACUUUGUCGUGGCUUAGGCAUGUUUUUAAAACAAUUAGACCAGUUUAUGCUUCAAUAUUACUCUAUUAAAACGAAAAAUAUAGUGAAACAAAAAUGCUGAGAACUUUGGCAAUACACGUGAGGUCACAGAUUGCAACUAGGUUUAGACUGUGACUUCAGGAAGUUUCCUAUUGAGUUAUUUUACAAACCAUGCUCAGACUCACCUCCCUGCACGCGUGUUUGUUAUAUAGUAAUAUUAAUAAUCCAUUUCAGUUACAAACUGCAGUGUUCUUUCCUGUGGACAAAAUAAAGAGUGUGUCCAGGUGAACAAUAUCUCCAUAUGUGUUUGCAAGGAUGGAUAUGAAGAACCCGAUUGCCGUUCGAGUAAGAAGUCCUAUUUUUCAUUUAAAAUUAAUUGGAAUGCUUAGUGUUUUUCCAAAAUAAGAUUGAAAUAUUUUUCUAUGUUUUGGUUGGGAACUUUAAUCGGAUAUUAAUUAUGCACAUUUCAGUGACAGCCCUUGUUUAUGUACAAGAAAUGUAAGUCUGUGCAAGCAUUCUGUUGUGCGAUCAGCUUUUCGCAUUUUAUUUUAUCUCAUCAGAAAGAAAGAAAGAUUUUGAUUUAGGUAUGAUCCAUCGGCGGAUAUACGGGGGGGGGGGGGUUAAACCUCUCCUACCCCUUACAAAAAAAGUCUAUAGGCCUAGCCUAUAGGCCAACCUAUAGGUUCCUAUAGGAAACCUAUAGGUUUUUAUAGACAAUUGGAACAUUUUCUAUAGGUGACCUAUUGGGAUGCCUAUAAGCCUAUAGAGCUCUAUAAGUGCUUAAAGGCUUCUAUAGGGAAUUGGAACAUUUCCAAUAGGCACCUAUAGGCCACCUAUAGACUUUUUUCGUAAGGGACAAUCUCUCUAACCCUUCAAAUAAAGUGUUCAACCCCACUAAAAUUUUGCUUCACCCCUCCUAUUUUGUUUAUAACCCCUAUCGAAGCUCGCUCAGUGUUGCAGCUUGCACCCCACCAGACAUUUUCUACCCCUCCUUUAGAAAAAUGAAAAUCCGCCCUUGGUACUGGAUCCCACUCUGCAGUACUUCAUCUAGUUAAGUUGCAGACUUUUCAUGUAUGUGUUAAUAAAAGAAGAUUAAUGAAAAACCCGUGGAUAUCAAAUGCGAUUCUUAUAUGUCGCAGUGCCAAUUCUUCAUAUCUUAUUUCUGUAGUUGAUGUUGAUGAAUGUACAGCCACACCUCCGAAAUGUGCAGGAGCAGGUCAAAGAUGUAUCAUCUUUCCAGGAGCAUAUCGCUGUAACUGUAUCAGUCCUAGGCAACAACUUAAUGACGACGAAUCAGCAUGUAUUGGUAUGUACGGAGCACUUAACAAUACAAUAGCUUUGUGUGCCUAUGGAUUUAAAGACGAACUCAGCUACUCUUUUCACAUACCUGAUUUUUUCAGGUGUCGACGAGCUAUCGUGCAACUUAAGAAUAAUAAUUGCUGUUUGCCCUAAACUUCUUUUCUAAAGAAUUGGAUGGGACUCUCAAAUCUAUAUUUAAUAUUUUCUAUAUCGUAUUUUAUAUAACGUUCUAUAUCUUGCGUUGACCUACCUUACCCGAGUUCCAGUGCCGUAGCCAGAACGAUAAUUGGGGGGAGGGGGCACAUAUUCAUAUAUUCGUGUUCUGGUUAAUUAAUUUCUUUUGAAAUCGAAUUGUUUUUAUGGUGUGUGAACACAAAUAUAUGAAUAUGUGCCUCCCCCCAAUUAUCGUUCUGGCUACGGCACUGCCGAGUUCACCUUAUAUUACUCCAACUUGCCUCGUCUUGCUACAUGUUACCUAAUCCUACCAUACCUAAAUUUACCAUUUCUAUCCUGCCCUGCCUAGCCUGCGUAAUGGCUCUCAGGGAAACUGAGAGCCUGUACGAAACCCAUGCAUAUUUUGCCGUUUAUAUUCGAGAACGAGAAAUCUGAUUGGUUCAAAACGAAAAUUAUGCUAAUUUAUGCUAAACUCAUCAUUGAUUGAUGGCAUAAAUUGUGAAUAAACAUGGCGUAUGCAUUUGAAUGGUGCUUCUUGAAAGUUUUGCAUUCGUUGAUUUUACAUGUAGGGAUGAACAAAAAAGUGUUUACGAAUUUGUUCAUGAAGAGAGAUACAGUGGGUGUGGUGUCUUCAUUGGAUGCGUGUUCGUUUUCAUCGAUGACAAAUAGACUUUUUCUUGAUGAUUUUGUAGCUGAUGAUUUUGGUAGUUUGCCCCAGGAGAGAUUUUCCGUGGAUGCUUACGAACAGUACUUGCUCUCUCAGUAAUGACGGCUUCAGACACCUUUCUCUUUCCUGCACCGCUCAAAACUUUGACAUUUACAUCAUGGUUGACCGCUGUCAAAACUAAUUUGCACGUAUCCACGAGACUGCUCUAGCGCUAGUUUUCCCACGAACGUCAAUCGUUCAGCAAUGACCUCCCCAAAACGUCUUUGACUUGGUUUGAAUAAGUUUUGUGUUCCGUACAUAAACGUUAAGACUUCUUACAUACGCGACAACGUUUGUUUGACGUCCCCUUUGGGGAUUUAUAUUUUCUUUAGCCGACAUCCAUAUAUUAUUGGUUUUUGCGUAAGUAAUCUAUAUUAUUUCGUUUUGACAAGUAAAUUUGCAAACGUAAACAAUCUUUGUGAUUGGCCAAUUUUGAUUUUAGUUAAAAGUGGGCGUAGCUUGCAGGGGCGGGAAUGGAAAAACAGUAGAUCUCGUUCAGGCUCUAAUUUUUUCCCCUCCCCCUUUAUUUUUCCCUCUCUGUCCUCCCCCCCCCCCACCUGAGAGCUGCUAGGCAAGCUAGCCUUACCUUUCCUUACCUCACGUCACCUUACCUUACCUUACUUUACCUUACGCUAUCUUACAUUACCUUACGCUACCUUACGUUACCUUACGUUAUCUUACGUAACCUUACGUACAACCUUACGUUACGUUACCUUACUUUACCUUACCUUACCUUACGUUUACCUUGUCCAACCUUCUCUUGCACUCUCCCAUUAAACACUUUGCCUUUGGUACUGUACGUUAUCCAUCAUGUGGAUAAAAGUUACUUAUUUAACCGGUUGCUUCACCUCAACUUAUCUUAAUUUAGAUACAAUCGAUUAUUCUCCCUAGAUGUGGCAGCGUCUAUCCAGGGUAGCAUAGCGAUUAGUAAUCGUGAAUACAAACCAGGGUAUGACAACACAAGCAGCAGGGAAUAUUAUGAUAUUACAGAAGAAAUCAUCACUGCGGUAUCGACAUCUUAAUUUUUCAGUCAUGUAGUUUUAUUAUUAUUACUAGAAAUACAUGCACGCAGCAACCCCUCGCCCAUAUUUUCCAAACAUUGAUUUAACAUGAAGUAUUAGCAAUUGAUCAACACUGAUGAACGCAGGCUCGCGUUUACGUCAGUGUUGCCAUGGUAACACGAUACGAUAAUUUUAAUUUUUAUUAUACUUUUGUACAACACGGCAAAAAUAGUCGAAAGAUUAUUGCUUUUAACUACAUAACAAUGACUUUCCGAAAUAUGUACUGUAGGUAUGUUAUUCUGGAUUUUGUGAGCUUUGAUUUACUGUUAAAAUUAACCUGAAUUGCUUCGUAAAAUGUUUUGAAAUGUUCAUUUUAAUAACUAAACCGCUUUUGCCGAUAAACUCUUUUUACAUCAAAUUGUUGAAUAAUUUAAUUUAGGUCUUCAAAUUAAUUUGCUCUCCUUUACAUUUAACUUUUUUUCUUAAAUUAAACAGGGUACUUUAGGAAACUUACAGCUUAUUUGAAAAGGAAAACAGCAGUGCAUGUUUUACGCAAUAAAUUAUUAAAGCAACAAAAUUCAUAGUCAUAAACAUUAAACAUUCAAAGCGAACUUGCCCUAUAUUUCACGAUUUUCCACAGUAAAUCAAUUCUUCUCAUUUUUCAAACAAAAAACUGCUUCAAAGCUCAUUGUGUGAAGCGUGAUUUUCCAAAUAUACGCUUUUGAAAAUUGAAAUCUUUCCCUAAUAUACUCAGUGUGCUUAUCCCACUCCUGGCAAACAGCCAUAUUUUUGAGAUCAGUGAGGAGGUCCACCCUUGGAUCAUAGCCAUGCGCCCACGGUAUUUGGUGAUCAUAGCCAUGCGCCCACGGUAUCAAGCUUCGCUAUUGCGUUCCUUUAUCCGGGUGUAAAUAGCCAGGGGGAAUUAGUACCCUCGCCCCGGGCUAACGCCCGGAACGGCGCUCCGCGCGGUUGGCUCGGGGAGUUUGGGGAUUAUUAUUAUUAUUCAUGUUUAAGAAUAUUCACCAUCGCAUAAAUUUGAAUUGCGGCGAAUUGCGGUGUAGAAACCAAAAGCAACACAUUGUAUAAUACAAUAUUUCCACAUGCAUGAAUGUGUAGCUUAAGGCGGCUCAAUAAUUUUUUGAAAUAUGACAAAAUCGUGGUUUAGAUUUAAUUUCUUCUUCUUGAAGAGAGGCACCACAUAUAUUGAGCAAGAUUCUAAGAGAUAAAAAUUGUUCACAAAAAUGACGUUAUUACCGUUGCAAUGGUAACAAUGACGUUUCAAUAUGGCCGACAUUUCACCUUUUAACACAUUUUACUCGAAAAAAGGCCGGUUAUCCCCAUUUUUUAUUUCGAGAAACGUUUUCAUUUAGAAAAAUGAAUGAUAUGAACAAGUUAGAAAGAAUUCUGUAGAUCAGAAUUUUUAAAAAAUUAAAAAAGGUUAUUUUUCGUGAUAAAUAAUAUUUUUUGGAUCUACAGAAUUUUUUUAAACUUGUUCACAUCGUUCAUUUUUCUGAAUGAAAACGUUUCACGAAAUAAAAAAUGGGGGUAACCGGCCCUUUUUUCGAGUAAAAUGUGUUAAAAGGUAAAAUGUCGGUCAUAUUGAAACGUCAUUGUUACCAUAGCAACGGCGAUGACGUCAUUUCUGCGAACAACUUUCAACUCUUAGAAGAUUGCUCAAUAUAUGUGGUACAAUUUUUGUCUUCUAGCAAGAAACCUUUCUUCAAAAAAUUAAAUCUAAAUCACAAUUUCGUCAUAUUUCAAAAACUGUAUUGAGCCACCUUAAUUAGCACUGCGGCGACAUUGUUUAAGUUAUUAAUGUCAUGCGUAGAAGAAGCACUGUAGUCUGUAGCACUAAAACAGUAACCGUGAACCGACUGAAAAGUUUUAUUUCUGAAAUCGUAAAAUGACAUUUGGAUAGCUUGUUUUAUUUGGUUAGAACAUUUAUACUAAAACAAUCGUUCGCCUCAAGCCUGGCGCACACGAUGCGAUUUUAGUCGGCCGAUAAAAAUCGUUUGACAUACCGAUAUACAUCGGUAUACUCCGCACACGAUUACGAAAAAAAUACGCUCCCUGAACUGUAGCCGCCAUGUUGCCAAAUAAAUACAAGCACGUGAUCACAGCAUGAAAUCUGAUUGGUUAUACUUAAAAUUCCACCGAUAAAAGUCGUAUAAUAUCAAAACGUUUCGAUGUUGUCCGAUUAAAAUCGAGCAACAAAAAUCGAUUAAAAAUGACACCGCACACACAACGAUUUUGUUAGUUUUAGUCAAAGGUUUUUUUCGGCCGACUAAAAUCGCAUCGUGUGCGCCAGGCUUCAGGUUCAGUGAUUAUCGGUGAAUAUUCACCUCGACUUCGCUGUCGGCAAAUAAUUGUUAAAUAAUAAUAGUGUUCCAUCUUCUAGUUGGAGAUAACUUUCAGAAGUACGCGCUUUGCAGCUAUCUUUGUCAGAAUCGUUAUUAUAAGAAUAUAGUAAGUGAUUAUUUUUUACGUGUCUAGUUAUGGUUUUCAGUGUAGAGGACGAAAAGCAAGGUACUGUACUCUGUAGAUUCAGACAAUUAUUUUAUUUCUCAAACCGUUUUUUAUUUUAUUCUUUCAGUAACGGGUCAGUGGGCGUCGACUUCAUUGUAACGUUUAACGAUACAAUUGGCGUGAAUGAUAUAAAUUUACAGCAAGAAUUUCUCAAUGCACUUAAUAUUACAAAUAAUGGCACAUUUCUUGUGGAUAGCAACCUUCAAGUGACCAAAGAGACUGAUCCGAUAUUUCAAGGUAGCUGA